GAAAAUGUGAUUUUUCAAUGGUUUCAAAAUGAUUAGAAGCUCCAAGAAAAAUUAAAAAACAUGCCACAAUUUUUUUCAAACGAUGUCCAUUUCACAAAGUAGCCAAGAGUUGUUCCAUACUUCGUGAAAAUCAAAUUUCCCACUAAGACACAUGCGCACAUUCUGUUGCGCCAAAAAAGGCGCACGCGCAAGCGCACAAUACUGACAAUACCGAGCACAAAGCACAUGAGAAAUUCCGCUACCAACGAAAGUGAGUGAAGAGAGUCGCCGCGCUGGUUGCAACUUUUCAUUGUUCACAACUCCAGGCGUAAGUGAACAAUAAAAACAUCGGUGUGUAAAAUCUCGGCCAAUGUGAAUAUAAAGAGUAAAACACGUUAAUAAAGUUGACAAGAAUUUUUGAAUCUCGUCUAACCCCCGAAUCUUUUCCCAUCAUUAAAGCCUAGCAAAAAUAACCACUGACCAAAGUGAUCAUAUAGACAUUGGUUCGACGAAUAAAAAAAAGUAAAUUCAGGAAAAAGCAGUUACAUCGGUGUGUACGGGCCGAUGGCCGGGUGAUGCGCGCUGUGCGCCGUGUGCGCGCAUAUGUCUAGACACUCUAGACUCGGGAGGACCGAGCUUUUCGAGGCGACGACGAAACAGCAGGUGAAGAUCGACGAUUCUACACCCUGCUCCGAUUCAUGAGUAAUAUUUCGGAGUAUAAUAACAGCGAUGAGAAUAAUAAGAGUAAAUUCGAUAAAUUGGCGAGUGGUGUAUUAGGAAUAUAAUUUUCAACGGAACGAGAAAAAAAGCGCAAAGUUAUCGCAGAGAUAUAUAACGGCAGCUGCGUCUCAAAGCGCGGCCACUAGGUUGAAAAACACUAUUAAACAGCAGUGUAUGCGUCCCUAUGUGUGUGUGUAUAUAUAUUUAAUUAUAACCGCGCGUGUGUGGGCUAGAGAGCGAAAGAAACGUGGAUAAUACAUCGUAAGAAAAGGUUGAAACAACCAUGACGGACACGGCAACAGCGGCGUCAAACGCCCAAAAAAGAGCCAAUUUCUCGGCUCUAACGGUCAACAAUCCAAAUGGUGUUAACAAAAUAUCGCCGAGUUUGGCAAUCGCCAAACCAGGCUCCGCGAGAAAACUCGUCAUCAAAAACUUCAAAAAUAAACCAAAACUACCAGAAAACUAUCAGGAACAAACAUGGGAGAAAUUAAGAGAGGCUGUCGUGGCGAUACAGACAAGCAAGAGCAUACGUUAUUCUCUAGAGGAGCUUUAUCAAGCCGUAGAGAACAUGUGCAGUCACAAAAUGGCAUCAACUCUCUACGCCAAUCUUACUGUACUGACAGAGUCCCAUGUGAAGGCAAACAUAGAACAAUUUUUGGCUGAGUCUAUGGAUCGUCACAUCUUCCUGAAAAAAAUGAAUGAAUGUUGGCAAUCCCAUUGUCGCCAGAUGAUCAUGAUUAGGAGUAUCUUUUUGUACCUGGAUAGAACUUACGUCCUUCAAAAUCCUAGUAUAUCAUCAAUUUGGGACAUGGGAUUACAUCUUUUUAGACUUCACAUUGUAUUAAACAAUUUAGUGCAAACACGCACUGUAGAAGGACUUUUAAUGCUCAUUGAAAAAGAGCGUCAGGGUGACACCGUAGACCGCACGCUUCUCAAGUCAUUGCUCAGAAUGCUAUCGGACUUGCAAAUAUACCAGGAGGCCUUUGAAAACAAGUUCCUGAUGGCAACAGAAAGGCUUUAUGCGGCAGAGGGUCAACGACUGAUGAACGAACAUGAUGUUCCGGAAUAUCUGGCUCACGUCGAUAAACGCCUUCAAGAAGAAAAUGAGAGAUUACUUCAUUAUCUUGAUAUGUCGACGAAAUGGUCGCUCAUACACACGGUUGAAAAACAAUUGUUAUCCGAGCACGUUUCAAGCAUAUUACAAAAAGGAUUAAGCGGUUUGUUGGACGAGAAUAGAAUCAGUGACUUAACGCUACUGUACAACUUGUACAAUCGAGUCAAAAAUGGUCUCCUCGAAUUGUGUUUAAAUUUCAAUAGUUAUAUAAAGAAAAAAGGCAAAACGAUAGUAAUAGACCCAGAAAAGGAUAAAACUAUGGUCCAAGAAUUACUCGACUUCAAAGACAAGAUGGACAAUAUUGUGAACACUUGCUUCUACAGAAACGAGAAAUUUGGCAACAGUUUGAAAGAAGCCUUCGAAGCGUUUAUCAAUCAGCGAGCAAACAAGCCCGCAGAACUUAUAGCCAAAUUUGUGGAUAUGAAACUCCGAGCAGGGAACAAAGAAGCAACAGAAGAGGAGCUAGAGAGAUUGCUUGACAAAAUAAUGGUCCUCUUUCGUUUUAUUCAUGGUAAAGAUGUGUUCGAAGCUUUCUACAAAAAAGAUUUGGCGAAAAGAUUGUUGGUGGGAAAAUCAGCUUCGGUCGAUGCUGAAAAGUCAAUGUUGUCAAAAUUGAAGCAAGAAUGCGGUGGUGGUUUCACGAGCAAGCUCGAAGGGAUGUUCAAGGAUAUGGAACUUAGCAAAGAUAUUAACAUUGCUUUUAAGCAGCAGUAUUCAGGAAAUCUACAAAACGAAUUACUAGCCAGUAAUCUUGAUCUCACGGUGUCUAUACUCACCAUGGGAUAUUGGCCAACUUACCCUGUGAUGGAAGUUACUCUGCCUACGGAAAUGGUACAAUACCAAGAAGUUUUCAACAAAUUUUAUCUCGGCAAACACAGCGGUCGGAAAUUACAAUGGCAACCGACUUUAGGACAUUGUGUCCUUAAGGCUUGGUUCCACGCGGGCAACAAAGAAUUGCAAGUAUCGCUUUUUCAAGCUUUAGUACUAAUAUUGUUCGACGACACGGAUGAUUUGUCGCUCGAGGAAAUCAAAGCAACGACGAAUAUCGAGGACGGUGAACUGCGAAGAACUUUACAAUCUUUGGCGUGCGGCAAAGCUCGGGUCCUGCAAAAAAAUCCAAGAGGCCGCGACGUUGCAGACAACGAUAGAUUCGUUUUCAAUUCGGAAUUCACAAAUAAAUUAUUCAGAAUAAAAAUCAAUCAAAUACAGAUGAAAGAAACGAACGAGGAACAAAAGGCGACUGAAGAAAGAGUCUAUCAAGAUCGGCAAUAUCAAAUUGACGCAGCUAUAGUAAGGAUCAUGAAAAUGAGAAAAACUCUUACCCAUAAUCUUUUGAUAAGCGAGCUCUACAAUCAAUUGAAAUUCCCUGUGAAGCCUGCCGACUUGAAGAAACGAAUCGAGUCGUUGAUAGACAGAGAUUACAUGGAGCGUGAUAAAGAUAACGCUAAUCAGUACAACUACGUUGCGUAACCUCAACCAAUUGCCAAAGUUAUGUUGAGCCGGGUCAAGUAUGAUUUCCAUAAGAGAAAAGUCCAAGCAGCAAGGAAAGAGAAAAGCUCAAGCUCCGAAGCGCGCGUGAUUGAAGUGGUUUUUCGUCGAUUGGAAUUAGUAGAGAAAAAAGGCUAGAAAGAAGAGAACUUUGGAUUUAUUUUUUCGGUUAUUGCGCGAAUUUGAGGUUUGUCAAUUGCUUAGAAGCGAUUAGAAUGCACGAUUAUGAUUUUUUCUUCUUUCACGAGAAACCCCCGAGUGAACGUCUCAAGAAACGGAACAAAGUUCGAGAUAAUUAGUUGAAUGGUCGAAAGACGACGAGUCAACCUAGUUGAACGAUUAAAUCAAUUAUCGAUUUCGCGAACAGUGUGUGCGAUCAGUGAUUUGCCAUUUACUCUUUAUCCUUUUAUUUUUUAUUUAUCUCUGCAUCAUAUUUCUUUUUCUGCAUUCUUACCGAAGGAACUGUUGGCAAAAAAUUCUACACGAGAAAAACAAACAAAAGAAAAAAUGCAAAUAAAAUAUUAACGUCGCGUUUGUAAGCAUCAAAAGAGACAAGUUUUUUAAUGCCAGUUUUUCACGUGGACGAAAAAAAACAUACGAUUUUAGCUGGCCGUAGCGAAGAGGUUCCGAGUCGUCGAAGGGAUAAAACAGCAAAGGCGCUUCUUUAAAGAGAAUUUGAACUAUGAAAAUCCAAAAAAAAGUUGUUCUAAUGUAAACACUGUGGGAAUUGUGAAUUUUUGUUAAAUUUUAAUAACGGUAAAGAGAUUAGAGGAAAAAUCGUACAGAUAAUUCGCGAAAAAAACUCGGUGAUGUAGAAUUAAUGAAAAGAAAAGAGAAUAUGUUCGGAGCAGAGGAGAACCUGAAAGACGAGAAGAGAAUAUGAUUGCGUUAAAAAGAAAACCAGUACUUGCAGUUGACGAUAUUGUGUUCCAAGUCCUAAUCGAGCGAGGCUCUACGAGUGGCUUAUUAAUUUUCAUAACUCAAGCCUUAUCAUUUGUCGAUUAAUUAUCAAUUUAAUGUGAGAGUAUAUCUCAGAAAACGAUCAAUUUAAUGUGAGAAUAUAUCUCAGAAAACGAAUGAAAUUGUGUCAAAUAUUGGCUGUCACUAAUUUCGGCGUUCCUUGUCCAACACUAGUGAUGAAGAAAUAGUAUAAUGCAACGUAAACGAUGGCCAGUUCUCAAGAAAUAUUCUCCGUGCUGGAUUCGACCAUUUAAUUGAAAAUAAUAAAUAAUGAAAAAAAUGCGCUGUACUACGAAAACGUAUUUUUCUGUAAUAUUUCGUAGAAUUUUGUCAACAUUGUAAAUAGGGUAAGGUUCCGUACUUGUAAUAAAUGACAACAGAAAACAA